AUGAUUUCUAAAAAUGAGGACAAUUUCACAGAUAAUGUAUAAUCUGAAAGAAAAUACUAUGAGAGCGAAGAGGAUGUUCAACCCUUAAAAGUAGGAGAUAUCAUUUAGAAUCGCUUUUUAAUUAGUCAACAAAUUGGAGAAGGCUCAUUUGGAAGUGUUUUCAAAGUACUUGAUCGAAAUAAUAAUAACGCUACUUGGGCUAUGAAGGUGGAAAUAGAUGAGGACGAUGAAAAUAGUUUAUUAGAAAGAGAAAUCAAAGUUCUCAUUGAAUUAAGAAAAUAAUAAGGUUUUCCAUAAAUUAAAUUCUACGGAUAAGAAAGAGGAUACACUUACUGCAUCAUGACAUUGUUGGGAAAAAACUUAGAAUAGAUCUUCAGGAAGUUGGGGUGUGUCAUGAAUUAAACCACUGUCUUAAGAUUAGCCAUUUAAAUGAUUGAUAGAAUUUCAGUUAUGCAUGAUAAUAGAUUUCUCCAUCGAGACAUUAAACCUGAUAAUUUUGUUAUUGAGUCCGGGCCGAAUGCAAAGAUGCUGUAUUUAAUUGAUUUUGGCCUCUCCAAACAUUAUAUUAAUAGUAAAGGAGAGCACAUCUCGUAUGUUAAAAAGGCAGGACUUAUAGGAACUGCGAGAUAUGCAUCAGUAAGUGCCCAUGAGGAAAUGGAAUAAGGAAGAAAAGAUGAUCUAGAAAGCAUUGGCUAUGUUUUGAUUUAUUUGGCCACAGGAAAUCUCCCUUGGAUGAAUUUGUAAGUUGAUUCAAAGGAUGCCAAAUAUACUAAAAUUUAUCAAAUUAAAAAAUAAACUAAGACUGAAGAUCUUUGUGCUAAUUUACCAAAAUGUUUCUAUUUCUACAUGAACGAUGUGAAAUCUUUAGAAUUCCAGGAAACUCCAAAAUAUGAUAAAUUAAAAUCAUAUUUUGAAAGAGAAAUUGAGAUCCUUAAUAAAUAAACAUCCAUGAAUUCCUCUUAAUUUACAUAUGAUUGGGAAAGAUUACCUGAAUACAGCAAACAAAAGAAGCAUCAGACAGUCCAUGUUAUGCAAAAUCAAGAAAAACGGUAAUAAGUAGAAAUUGCAUUCAAUCCACACAAACUAAAUCAAGUAAAUAAAUAAAAUCAGUUCAUCAAUUAAUAAACUAAAGAUUCCCAAUAAAAGUCAACACAAAAUCAAUAACUUACAUUUGAGUAAAUAAUGAAUGAAAAAAGAAAAGGCACUAAAAAGACUGUCUAUAGUCCCACAGGUAAAAGUAAAAAACCUCCCCUCUUGAUUAAUAUUGUAGAAAAUAGUGAUUUGAAUAAACAAAAUGUGUUAUCCCCAAUCAAACCUGAUGAUAGCAGACUUUUCAGAAUGCAAAAUCAUUCUUCCACCUUACUUUAAAUUCCUCAACUUAAUUCAUCAUAUCAAUUAGAUUCUUAUAUUUCACCUUCUGUAGCAACUUCAAGAUUAAAUAAUUAUUUUGAAAGUGAAGAUGUGGUUAGUGAAGGUGGAGGAUUGCCGAUAUGGGAUUUAUGUGAUGGAUCAAAACCUGAAUUCUAAAAGGUAACAGGGAUUUUGGAAGGAAUAAAGAAACCUAGUUUAAUUAUUUUGAGAAAAGAACGAAAAGCACAUACAUACACUGUUAAAUUGAUGCAAGAACUAUUUGUUCCCCCAAUUAAAUUAAUUGGAGAUUAGGAAUCAAAUGUUGAAGGAUUAGAAUGA